AUGACAGAAUACGAUGAUCGCAGCUGUGCGUCAAAUAUGUAUUUACCGAGCUGUACUUAUUACGUUUCGACGCCGGAUUUUACAUCAGUCUCAUCCUUUUUACCGCAGACCACUUCGUGUCAGAUUAACUUCCCCUAUUCCCCCAACAUAGCCCAAGUCCAACCUGUUCGAGAAGUCGCUUUCAGGGAGUAUGGACUGGACCAUCCGAGCAAAUGGCACUACAGGGGUAAUUACGCGUCUUACUACUCAACGGACGAGAUCAUGCACCGGGACUUGAUCCAGUCCUCCAGCAGCAGGGCGGAUGUACUGUUCAAAAACGAGUCCCUGUACGGCCACCACGGAGGGACUAGCUCGCCGUGCAACCUCUUCGCCGGUGUCGGCCGGAACGGGGUCCUUCCCCAAGGCUUCGACCAGUUUUUUGACACUCCUAACGCGGACAAGCCCACCGCGGAGCUCCCCAAACAAAAGACAGACUCUGCCGUUCCCGGAGAUGCCGCGAACAACAAUCAGGCUUUAACCAAACUAGAGCAGCACAAAGCUGACCCGACCGGGAGCGUGGACGAGGACUCAUCCUCCAACUGCGGCGACAAGAACAACCAACAGAGUUCAUCAACCAAGUCCAGGAAGAAGAGGUGUCCUUACUCCAAAUACCAGAUCCGAGAACUUGAACGAGAGUUUUUCUUCAACGUGUACAUUAACAAAGAGAAGCGGCUCCAGCUGUCCAGGAUGUUAAACCUGUCAGAUCGGCAGGUGAAGAUUUGGUUUCAGAAUAGAAGAAUGAAAGAGAAAAAGCUGAACCGCGACCGCCUACAGUAUUUCACUGGGAAUCCUUUAUUCUGAUACCUGACAUAGUAGCAUACACACACACACACGAAUAAAAUAAGAGGUAUACACACACACACACACGUUUUAAAGACUGGUCGUAUCUACAUAUCUGAACCCUGAUCAUCUUGUUCAAACUGUUUAUUUUACAAAAAUCCGGCAUUUAAAAAAUGCCAUAUUUCCGUAUUUUUGCAUAAAACUCUUGCAUUUAUUUAUUUGUGUUCAUAUAUUUUCGCGUUAUUGGCAACAAAUAUCUCAGCAAAGUGCGAGCUGUGCUUUGAAAUUAUUUAUAUAAACUAUAUAUGUAGGCUUUCCUCCCUGUGUAUGUGCAUUUAUCGAGACGCAUG